AGGAGCUACACUGGGAGGGAGGAGCAUCGGGAUCGGGAUUGGAACACUUCAGCCUCCGCGGUGUUGACGCACAUAACCACCUGCUUUAACACAUAUAAUUUGUAUUUUUUUUUAUUUAUUAACGGAAAAAUCGUGAACAUAACGGGGGUGCUGGACACCGGGAGGACGGCAUGGGAGAGCACACGGCGUUUCUGCUGUUACUGGUGGCGACCUUGACGCUUUCAUCCGAGGUGCCUGCUGAUGACUCCGUGGGUUUGCUAACUGAGCCCCAGGUGGCAAUGUUCUGUGGAAAGCUCAACAUGCACAUCAACGUGCAGAGUGGCAAAUGGGAGUCUGACCCCUCUGGCACCAAGGGCUGCAUUGGCACCAAAGAGGGCAUCCUGCAGUACUGCCAAGAGGUGUACCCAGAGUUGCAGAUCACAAAUGUUGUGGAGGCCAACCAGCCUGUCAGCAUCCAGAACUGGAUCAAGAAAGGCCGCAAGCAGUACCGCAGUCAUACACACAUCGUGGUGCCGUACCGCUGCCUGGUUGGGGAAUUUGUGAGUGAUGCCCUGCUCGUUCCGGACAAGUGUAAGUUCCUGCACCAGGAACGUAUGGACCAGUGUGAGAGCCACCUGCAUUGGCACACUGUUGCCAAAGAGUCCUGCGGAGACCGCACCAUGAAUCUCCAUGACUAUGGGAUGCUGUUGCCAUGUGGCAUCGACCGUUUCCGGGGAGUGGAGUUUGUGUGCUGUCCGGCGGAGGCAGAACGAGAGUCAGACAGCACAGAGCUAGAAGGGGAGGAGUCAGACGUCUGGUGGGGCGGAGCCGAGACGGAAUACUCCGAUAACAGCAUGUCACGUCCAUCAGACACAGAGCCUGCCACCACAGAGGAUGAUGAAAAUGAGGAUGAACAGGUGGAAACCUUUGAAAGGGAUGAGAACGGAGAUGGCAAUGAAGAUGAUGAGGAGGAUGAGGAAGAUGAAGAUGAUGACAUGACCGAUGAACGGGAUAGCGAUGAGCGCAAUGCUAACAUUGCCAUGACGACCACUACCACCACUACCACUGAAUCAGUUGAAGAAGUUGUGCGAGCCGUUUGUUGGGCUCGUGCUGAAUCAGGCCCGUGUCGUGCCAUGCUGGAGCGCUGGUACUUCGUGCCUGAGAAGGGCCGCUGUGCUCCCUUCUUGUUUGGGGGCUGUGGGGGCAACAGGAAUAACUUUGAGUCGGAGGAGUACUGCCUAGCUGUCUGCAGCAGCUCGUUACCUACCAUGGCCCCCAGUCCUCCGGACGCUGUGGAUCGGUACCUUGAAUCUCCUGGUGAUGACAACGAACACACUGAUUUUCAGAAGGCCAAGGAAAGCCUGGAGGCUAAACACCGUGAAAAGAUGUCCCAGGUCAUGAGGGAGUGGGAGGAGGCUGAGAGACAGGCCAAGAACCUUCCUCGUGCUGACAAGAAGGCCGUCAUCCAGCACUUCCAGGAGAAGGUGGAGGCUCUGGAGCAGGAGGCAGCAGGAGAGAGGCAGCAGCUGGUGGAGACCCACAUGGCUCGGGUGGAGGCUCUGCUCAACAGCCGCCGACGCCUGGCUCUCGAAAAUUAUCUCAGUGCCCUCCAGGCCAACCCUCCACGGCCCCGUCAGGUGUUGAGUCUGCUGAAGAAGUAUGUCCGUGCAGAGGAGAAGGACAGGCAGCACACGCUGAAACAUUACGAGCAUGUCCGCACAGUCGAUCCCAAGAAGGCUGCACAGAUCCGACCUCAGGUUUUGACCCACCUACGUGUGAUAGAUGAGAGGAUGAAUCAGUCAUUGUGUCUGCUCUACAAAGUGCCCAGUGUGGCUAAUGAGAUCCAGAACCAAGUUGCGGUUAUAGUGCAGCGAGUUCAGUCGGGGCUGUCUCAGCAAGUCUCUUCCCUGCAGAGCGAUGGGCGGGUGGACGGCAGGGUGAGUUACGGUAACGAUGCUCUGAUGCCGGAUCAGGCCUACAGCUCUGCUCCUAUGGACCCUGGCCUGGACGGAUUUGGCUUCAUCCACCCUGAGAGCUUCAACCAGCCCAACACAGAGAACCACGUUGAGCCAGUUGAUGCUCGUCCAAUUCCAGAUAGAGGACUGCCCACACGACCUGUAUCUGCCCUUAAGCCAGAGGAGAUGCCAGAAGUGCGGAUGGACACUGAAGAGAGGCAAAAUGCCGGUUAUGAAGUUUACCAUCAAAAGCUGGUGUUUUUCGCUGAGGAUGUGGGGUCCAAUAAAGGUGCCAUUAUUGGGCUUAUGGUCGGAGGGGUUGUCAUAGCAACCGUCAUUGUCAUUACCUUGGUGAUGCUGAGGAAGAAACAGUAUACCUCUAUUCAUCACGGUGUAAUUGAGGUGGAUGCAGCAGUGACACCAGAGGAGCGUCAUCUGGCCAAGAUGCAGCAGAACGGCUACGAGAAUCCCACCUACAAAUUCUUCGAGCAGAUGCAGAACUAAAAAACUGCUCAUCAACAUUUUCUUCAGGCGUAUCCCAACCACACUCUCAGCACUCGUAGGGUCUGUUCCACUCGGGUCCCUUGCCCUCAGCCCCUACACCUUCAACCACUCACCAUGUUGAAGGGGGAGGGAAGGUAUGAAGAUUACUGCAAAGGCUGAUUUUUAUCUUGUUUGAAAGUAAGGAAAUGAUAAGUGAAAUCUUUGUACCAGUUUGUGUGUCAGUGAGGGGUUUGGGCCAAAGGAAACUGACAUGGAACAAAAUCUUCUUAAUCCCUGAUCCCUUGAUUGUACAGAGCAACGCUUGAUCUUACAUUUACCUGCAUUUGGUCAGACAAGGGUAUCCUGUUCCAACUGCACAAUUCAGAACAAAAACUUCAUAGUGUUUGUACUGAAAAUCCUCCACCCUGUUGACUAUUUAUAUGAAGUCACUGCAGUACUGCGCUCGCAGCUGAGACCAGAAAGAAGUAAUCCCCCAGCAGUUUAAUUCCCGGUCGCUCCUUCAUCACUCCAUUUUCCUCAAACUGUCCCACACAUCCCUGCUCCCCUGCUCUAGGAUGACAGCUGUGCUGUGUUUGAUGACAUAACAGCUCUUAGAGCUGGCAAUGGGAGGAGGGGCUCUCAGAGCGCCUCUCCAUACGAUUAAAGCCCAAGUGUUUCAGGUUUGUUUUUCAAAAAAGGAUAGAAAAAAUACAGAAAAAUAUACAUAAUCAAAAUAUGUAAAAGUUGAAAAACAUUGAAUGUUUUGUUUUCUGAUUUUUUAUGUGUAAUAUAUUAAGACAGAGGUUAGCUGUAAGUUUAUGUAGUGCAUGGCAAUAUUGAUGACAGAUACAGUUAACUGUAUGUUGAGGUCCUCAGGAGCGGUCCUCUUACUAGAUAUGUUAGCGGGAUUGUACAUUUGUAGUGUCUUCUUUGUGAUCUUGUGAUAUGAAGAAGAAAAAGAGUAUUCAGAAUCUGGUCUGCUUUGAUGUCACUCAGACUUGCUUUAACUGAAUCCUGGCUCUUUAUGCUCAUCUCCAUGCUUCACUGUUGUGUUAGCUGCAUGGGCAAAAUGCUCUAUACUGUAUGUAAUAUAUGAAGUGUAAUAGUAUCCGAAAGGAAGACGAUCGUGUUACUGUUUGCGUUCUAUGCACUCUGUCAUUUUGGAAGUCUGAUUAUUAUCACCAAAUAUUAUUGCUGUUAAGUCCCUGAUGCCAAUUCACUGUUGCUGCACAUUGAGUUUUUAUUAGAAUUUCUGAAAGUCUAUCAUUCCAGAUUUAUCAUUCCACUGUCUCUCUAGAUUGCAAAUACUUGGAAGAUGGAGAUCCAGCUCUCAAAGGCCCAGUUUCAUUAUCAAGCUCCACCUCUCUGUCUUUUCCCCUUGUUUGUGUUCUUCAGUCUUUCUUUUCUAACCCCCAUUUCUCAUGUUUAUACUCUCUUUCUGGCUGUGUUAGCAAUAUUGUACAGUGCAGCACUUUGGAUUCAGUGUGUGAGUAGUUGAUAUACAAACGGGACUUGUUUGGUUGGCAAAGAUCAGUUUUCUAGAUGGUCCUCUCUCUUCUCCAUUCCUUCACCAAUUCACACAUGCACAUUCUAUUUUUCUACAUUUCCUGUGUAUACAUGUACAGUGCUUCUAUUUGUCCUGUGGUGGAUAUUUCUUUAUCUGCACAUCUGUUGUCAAGUUUCUUACUUGUCCUCACAAAGAGGUGAAGAAACACCAUUAACAAUGGGAGGACGACCACAUUUCACAUCAGCAUGGAGACACAUUUUCCUCUUCCUUAAUUAAGUUAUUCACGCCACCUCCAGUAAACAUGAAUGUGACCUGCAUAUUGUGCAUUUAUACCACAGAAAUACGACACAUAUCACCUCUACACAUUAUAUAUCCACACAUGUACAGAAACACUAACUAAAGCUCUUAAUCAGGUGAAUGUUUAAAAUUUGUAUUGAUGCUCACUCUGGGUGUCUUUGAAGGCUAGUGACAAAAAAAGAUGCUUUUUUUCUCUCAUUGAUUCAGUGACCUUCCUCUGUGUGUAGUUAAAUGAACCAUUUGCUUAGAGUAAGAAAAAGCUUUCUACACUCACUAUACCAUGAAUAAAAUUUUGAAUGUACAUAUUA